UGGGGCGGUAGAAAUGGUCUUCAUGAAAGUCAGACCAAAACUGACCUAGGCAAGAAAACCCCACAUUAUUGCCAUAUAUCCCCUUCAUCUCCUGGUCUCCACCUCGAAGCAAAGGGGGAUGAUGCUGGUUCUGGAUAAUGGUGACUUGUUGGAGUCCCGUAAAGUAAGCCGCCGCCACAGUUAACAUGCCAGUGCCUCUAUCAUAUGCCAUUUUUGAUGGACCCUCAUCAGAUCCUCCACUUGUUUUCCUGCAUGGGCUGUUUGGAAACAAAUCCAAUUUUUCAUCCCUCGCAAAAAAGUUAGUGCUCCAAACUGGUCGCAAGGUGCUAACAAUAGAUGCCCGCAACCAUGGGGAUAGCUCCCACAGCCCCAUCAUGACCUAUGAAGCAAUGAGUGCUGACAUCCGUCUCUUUCUGAACCAGCUGCAUCUCAAUAGGUGUGUCUUAAUUGGCCACAGCAUGGGCGGCAAGACAGCUAUGGUAUUCGUGUUACAAUGGCCAGAACUGGUAGAGCGCUUAGUGUGUGUUGACAUCAGUCCUAGCCAAACAAAAGAUAUCAGUGGCUUUCAGAAUUACAUCGCUGCCAUGAAAGCAGUGGAUAUCCCUAGAGGUAUUCCUCGUUCCACUGCACGCCGUAUGGCCGAAGAACAACUGCGCCCAACUAUUCAGGAGCCAACUAUCCUCCAUUUUCUACUUACAAACCUAGUGAAUGCUGAGGACCAGUUUGUAUGGCGUGUAAAUCUAGAGGCCAUUUCACAGCAUCUGAAUGACAUCAUGAGUUUUCCUGACUUCCAGACAUCUUAUCUAGGGCCUACUCUCUUUCUUGGGGGUUCCAAAUCUGGCUAUAUUAGUUCCAAUAACUACCCUGAGAUCAAACGGCUCUUUCCUGAUGCUGAAAUCCAGCAUAUUCCUGAUGCAGGGCACUGGGUUCAUGCAGAUCAGCCCCAAGAAUUCAUCACUGCCGUUUGCAAUUUCAUUGCACUCCAUCCACGCUAGAAUUUCUGAACAGAUCCACACAAACUAUCCUACCAAGAACAGAACAGAACAGACAGAGGUGGAAGGGACCUUGGAGGUCUUCUAGUCCAACCCCCUGCCUAGGCAGGAAAGCCUAUACCACUUCAGACAAGUGGCUAUCCAACCUCUUUUUAAAAACUUCCAGGUUGGAACAUUCACAACUUCAAGAUUGGAAGUUUUCUCAUUGGACUUACUGUUGUACGUGACUCAUGGUCUGAUUUCAAAAGCUCCAUGCGAGUGAUCCAUUUAGUGUAUCGGUCAAAUUGUCAGUCCUUCCCUAGUGAUUUGCUGCUUGGAAGAGUUAGAGGUGGGAGUUAAGAGAAUGAGAGAAAAGAGAGGUGUUAGA